AUGUUCACCGGCCUCGUCGAGACGAUCGGCACGGUCAGCUCCCUCGUGCCCCUCGACCCCUCCACCUCCGGCGGCAACGGGACCUCGCUGACCAUCUCGGACUGCUCUUCGAUCCUCGGCGACGCUGCGCUCGGCGACUCCAUCAGCGUGAACGGAACAUGCCUCACAGUCACAGAGCUGGACGAGUCGAGACAGAGCUUCAAAGUCGGGGUCGCGCCCGAGACGCUCCGACGCACCAACUUGGGCCGUCUUAAAGAAGGGGGUCGCGUCAACCUCGAGCGGGCCGUCCUGGGGAGUACGCGGAUGGGCGGACAUUUCGUGCAAGGGCACGUCGACACCAUCGCGAGCAUCGUGAGCGUCACGCCGGAUGGGAAUGCGUUGACGUUCCGGUUGAAGCCCCGAGAGAAAGACCCGUUGCGCUAUAUCGUGGAAAAGGGAUACAUCACGCUGGACGGCGCGAGCUUGACGAUCACAAAGGUCAAUGACGUCGAGGGCUGGUUUGAGGUCAUGCUGAUCGCGUAUACGCAGGAGAGGGUUGUCAUGGCGGGCAAGACGGCCGGCGAGGAAGUCAAUGUCGAGAUCGAUAUUGUGGGGAAGCUCGUCGAGAAGAGCGUGGUCGGGUAUUUUGAGGGGGUGGCGUCGAGAGACGGAGAGGGAGGCCCCGCGAUCUUGGAGAAGAUCGUGGGGAGGUUGGUGGAGGAGAAGUUCAAGUCGAUACAGCAGCAGCAGCAGCAGCAGCGGUGA